AUAGGCAAUGUCACCGUAUUCGAUAGCGACGAUCAAAUCGACGACGUCGAAGCCUUGCAAGCAUGUUAUCUCCGACGUCACCCGGAUGCGCGGGGCUGGCUUCCCGACUCGCCGCGAGCACCUCAUCUAUCCUAUUGGGCGCGAUUUGAUCCGCAGGCAAUAUACUAUGUCGGUGGCUUUGGCAGCGAGCAUUACAUCGGAUACAUACCCUUAAAUCUUUACCAAGAAGCGUUGGCGUCUACAAUGGGUCCUGUUGGCGUAGCGGGAAGAUUUCUCGUCCAAACCGGACAGAUGUCAUAG